AUGUCCGUACCCGAGCUACCUCCCGAGCUACCUCCCGAGCUACCUCCCGAGCUACCUCCCGAGCUACCUCCCGAGCUACCUCCCGAGCUACCUCCCGUGCUACCUCCCGAGCUACCUCCCGAGCUACCUCCCGUGCUACCUCCCGAGCUACCUCCCGAGCUACCUCCCGAGCUACCUCCCGAGCUACCUCCCAAGCUACCUCCCGAGCUACCUCCCGUGGCUGACAUCGGGUUGGAUGAAAAUGGCACUCUGGACCUGAGCAUGAAGAAGCCCGUCAAACGAGAGGGUACCAGCCCUGAGUUGUGCUCCCCGGACCCUUCCUCCUCUUCCUCCCUGCACCAUGGAGGCAGCAGUGGCAUGACCUCGCCCCACACAGGCCACGCCUACAAACAGGAACACUGGGAGGAGCCUCUGGACUACACGAAACCCAACCGCCAGCGAGAGGAGGAUGUAGAGGAGCUGGAGCACCACACAGCGCGGUCGUUUGCCUCGUCCGACCCUGAGGACAUGGACCUGAUGCAGGACUACCCCCAGGAGAGGAAGUACCCUGGAGAGGUCACCACCCCAAACUUCAAGGUCCAGUUCCAACAACCCAAGGACUGCAAGAAAGAUCUGCUCCUGUGCCCCACUCCUGGCUGUGACGGCAGUGGCCACAUCACUGGAAACUAUGCAUCCCAUCGCAGUCUGUCUGGCUGUCCUCUUGCUGAUAAGAGUCUUCGUUCCCUCAUGGCGGCCCACUCUGCUGAGCUCAAGUGCCCCACUCCAGGAUGUGAUGGUUCAGGACAUAACACUGGAAACUACGCCUCCCACAGAAGUUUGUCUGGGUGCCCGCGUGCCAAGAAAGGUGGAUUAAAAACAUCUCCCACCAAGGACGACAAGGAGGACUCCGAGCUCUUAAAAUGCCCCGUGCCUGGCUGUGACAGCCUGGGUCACAUCAGUGGGAAGUACGCCACUCAUCGCAGUGCCUAUGGGUGCCCGCUGGCUGCCCGCAGGCAGAAGGAGGGGCUGCUCAACGGUAACCCUUUCUCCUGGAAGGCCUUCAAGACGGAGGCCCCCAACUGCCCCACCCCCGGCUGUGAUGGAUCAGGACAUGCCAACGGCAGCUUCCUCACACACCGCAGUCUCUCUGGCUGUCCCAGAGCCUCCUUUGCCAGAAAGAAAGCCAAGAUCCCUGGAGAUGAAUUCCUGAGCACCAAGUUCAGGGCCAGCGAUGUUCUGAACAAUGACGAGGACAUCAAGCAACUCAACAAGGAGAUCAAUGAGCUCAAUGAGACCAACAACGAGAUGGAGACAGACAUGGUGAACCUGCAAACACAGAUCUCAUCCAUGGAGAAGAACCUGAAGAACAUUGAGGUGGAGAACAAGCUGAUUGAGGAGCAGAACGAGACGCUCUUCAUGGAGCUAUCUGGCCUCAGCCACGCCCUGAUCCGCAGCCUGGCCAACAUACGCAUCCCACACAUGGAGCCAAUCACUGAGCAUAAUUUCGACAGAUACGUGAGCACCCUGACUGACAUGUACACCAACAAGGAGUGCUUCCAGAACCCAGAGAACAAGGCGCUUCUGGAGAGCAUCAACAAGGCUGUGAAGAGCAUCAAGGUGUGA